UAUUUUCCCUCGAAAAACAGCUCUUCGUAACACGCGCUCUCCCAUCCGUGUGCAAAAAAUAUAAUAUACAUAUACACGUGUGUGCGCGAUACGGGUACAUACACUUGUAACGCACAGGCGACUGACUUGGCUACGUUGUACCUGUAUUGUUGCCGUUGCCUCGUAUCGAGUGAUAGCGAGUUACGAGUGGCUCUCGAUAAUUGUUGAUACCGCAGUGCCUUAUUUCUCACUUCUUUUUUUUUUUCCCUCCUAAUUUGCGAGCAUUAAGAAAAAAAAAAGAAAAAAAGAAGCCAUGUCCAAGUUCGAGAGACCGAGCUCGCCCCUCUACGGCAAGAUGCUGAAAACCGACACCCUCAAGAAGCACAAACAGUGGGAGGAGAAUAUGAACGCCCUGCUGGCCGACCUGCAGAACACAGUCUCACCGGACACGAGCCUGAUCGGCAACAGUAGCAGCAGCAGCAGUGCCGGAGUCGUCGGAGGCGGUAGUGGUGGAAGCACGCCCGGCUACGGAUCUCUUAACGGUACGCGCGCGCCACCGGCACACGCCGUCACCUCGACGCCCGUCCCGUACAAGACAACCACUGCCUACGAGAGCCGCGGCACGCCACCGUUGCAGUCGCAAUCGCCCACGUAUCAGAAUCGAGAGGCGAUCGAGGAGGCUGCGAGGACAGCCGGUAACGCCGGGCAUUACAACCAAACCGGAAAUGGGCCCAAAGCGCCAUCGCUGAACAACAAUCUGUCCGAGUUGGAUACACUUUUGCAGGACCUGAGCAACGCGCGUUACAAUUCACACGCGCAGGAUAGAGAGACUCGAGCGACAAACGGCGGAACGACCAGCCCGAUGCUGCGCUCCACCAGCAGCAUGUCGAACGCGAGGCCCACCGUGGAUUCCCUACUGGAGGAGCUUAGCACCGGAAUGCCCAACGGGGACUACAGGCCAUCGGAGGGCCAGCGCGUCAGGGUGACCGUCGAGGAGACGACCACGGAGGUCCACCCGGCCGAUGGGAUCUAUUACCACAACCAGUACCAGCAGCAACCGCCGUCCAGCCAGCAGGGAUCGUUGAGGUCGCGCGACGCCUACCACGCGACGAGCAACGGCCACACGGCGAGCAACGCCACCAAGGAGCUCGACGAUCUCAUGGCCUCGCUCUCCGAGUUCAAGAAUCUCAUCUACACUUACUUACUUGGGCGCAUCAAGGCUGUAUUUCGAAAUUCUAACUCUAUACAUGCAGCUCCCUUAGACUGCCGGCAAAAGUUCGUGGGUGGCUCCUUUUUCGACCACGAGGGACAGCCUUACUGCGAGACGCACUAUCACGCCAAGCGAGGCUCGCUCUGCGCCGGUUGCCACAAACCCAUCACAGGUCGAUGCAUAACGGCCAUGUUCCGCAAGUUCCAUCCGGAGCACUUUGUUUGCGCCUUUUGUCUCAAGCAGCUGAACAAGGGCACCUUUAAAGAACAAAACGACAAGCCCUACUGCCACGGCUGCUUCGAAAAGCUUUUUGGCUAAAGUCUAUCGGACCAAGAACAAGAAAGGACCAGUCAGUCCAGCGUCCAGUAAAGGUCGUCGGUUACGAUAUAAAUGUGUGUACACUUAAUCACGAGAGUUUGUAGAUAGAGUUUUCGACGAGAACACGCAACUAACAAAAAUAAUGUUUUGCGACAAAGAUGUAUGCGCGUUCGUGGCUUCAAGCCUCGAGAAUCAGUGCGCUAACGAUAACAAUUAUUGUGUAGUAUAAUAAAAUAAAAACUAUCAUGUAUCAUACAUCGUAUAUAAAGGAAUAAGCCAUACGUUUACGACUUUUAAAAUGAUCCAAAGUAUAUAUAGUAAAAAUUUUAAACCGCUAGUUAGGGGUAUAAUAUAUAUAUAUAUAUUUCACCACUUGGAUGCCAAACGUGCUAACGUGUAAUGACGAAUAAUACGUGACGAGAUGAAUAGUUCUGUAACCACAGCUCCUCGGAUCGAUACCGCGAACAAAACAAACGAACGGAACGAGCAAAAAAAGAAACACUUUACACGUGGAAUCGAUUUUUGUGUAGGUACAUUAAUUAAAUAUGUACAGUUGAAGGUUCGACUGUAAGAUAAUAAGCGCAAACUUAUUAUUAAUGUGUUACAUGUUGGGAAAACGUAUUUUUCCUUCUCACGUGAAGUAUAGUAUACAGUACAGCAGUACACACACUGAGCCAAUAAUCGUGUAGUCCGAUGAAAGUGAAUUUUGAUACAUGUGUAAGGAUUUAGAUUUUAAAGAAAACAAAAUAUAAAAAAAAAAAAAGAGAACAUUUAAGAAUCAAUGCCACGCAGUGUCCAGUGGCGAAACUAUCGUCUUCUUCCUCUGAGAUGCUUCCGAUCUUAUUUUACUCUCUUUACUCUUGUUUUUGAUCUAAUAAAUUAAAAACAUUUUGGAAUAUGCGUAUGCCAUGGCGCCACCAAAUCAUCGAUCAUCGUUUCAGCGCGUGUUUUACAAUUGUGUUGUAAGUCGAUAAGAUACAACAACAGUUUGCUCUAAUAAUAGAUUGAAUAACGAUUUAAAGGUGCUAAUCAGCCUGUAUUUUUUUCUUCAACUAAUGCCCAUUUACAUUUGUUUUACAAUAAAAUAAUAACGCAGUUUUCACUGGGAGGAACUUAUUCCUUUGGGGGGAAAAAUUUUUAUUUAUAGAAUAAUUGUACUAAGCAAAGGAUCCAGUGAACAUUAAAGUUUUAUUUUUGAACUUUGUUUUAUAUUUAUACUUACGUAUUUGUAAGUCUUAUGAAUACUUGUACAGUUAGGAUCAUAAGCGCAAUAUGACUUAAUUAUUGUAUUAAUUAAUAAUAACAGUUAUGAAACAUUAAAAGGCCUUUUAAAUUGAAA